AUAUCAUUCCUUUUAUUGCCCCAAAACAAAUAUCCAAACUCUUGCAGGAGACCAACCUCACAGCGGGCGAUCCGGAAACUGCCAGAGGAGAGGGCACAACUGCAAACAGUGGUGGAAGUGCAGUGGCUGAGAGAAAAUGACUGCAACAUUUGUGUCCCCAAAUAUUUUCUCUGAUGAUGAUGAGCUCCUUGUUUUGGAAUCGACCGCAGCUGAAAUGUUGAAUGGUGCUGUAGUGACCAAGCAGUUGCUCCCUGAAUUCUCCGUCAUCUCACCAGGGAGUGAUGCACAUCAGGCUCCAGAUCAUGGGUGUACCCUCAUGGAGACAUCUCCAGAUGACAGAGUAAAGGUUUAUCUUCGAGUUAGACCUUUCACAGAGUCUGAGCUUGAGAAAGGGGAAUCACAGGGCUGUGUUACGAUCGAAACCUCUGAAACUCUGAUGCUGCGAGCACCAAAGGAUUCAUUUGCAAUGAAGAGUACUGAACGGGGUAUUGGCCAGGCUAUGCACAAGUUCUCCUUCACUCAGAUAUUUAGCCCCGAAGUGUCACAAAAGGUGUUCUUUGAUGUGGUCAUGAAAGGGCUGGUGAAGGAGGUGCUGGGCGGCCACAACCGCUUGGUUUAUACCUAUGGUGUGUCAAACUCAGGAAAGACCUACACCAUUCAAGGAAGUAAUCGUGAUAAUGGGAUCCUUCCUCGAUCACUGGCGGUCAUUUUCAACAGUCUCCAGGGCAAGUUGUAUCCCAGGAUGGAUCUGAAGCCGACCUUGUGCAGUGAUGUUCUCCAACUGGAUAGCAAGCUGGUCAGACAGGAGGAGCUGAAGAAACUCUCUUUAAUGGGUGUAAUGCGAGAGGAGGAUCUGGAAACUCCAGUGAAGAAGAAUCUCAGCACAGAGUGGAGACAACGGGGCGCGGGUAUCAGCUGUGAUUCUGAUAGUGGUAUCGCGGGUAUGUCCUGCACCAGUCAGUUGGAAGCUUCAGAAUUUACAUCACGCUGGGCUGAUCAGCAUACAGUUGUCCUUGUUCAGGGACAACAUGUGCAAUAUUCCAUCUGGGUUUCUUUCUUUGAGAUUUACAAUGAGAUGACGUAUGACUUGCUGGAGAUGGUUCCUGUGAACUCUAACCGGAAGCGACAAACCUUGAAACUGUGCGAGGAUAAAAAUGGAAACACCUAUAUAAAAGAUUUGACUUGGAUCAAUGUCAACAAUGCAGAGGAAGCCUGGAAAAUUCUGAAAAUUGGCAGGAAGAACCAAAGUAUGGCCAGCACACACUUGAAUCAGAAUUCCAGCAGGAGUCACAGCAUCUUCUCCAUCCGAGUGCUGCAUGUAUCUGAGGACUGGAAGUCUGUUCUCCAGACCAGUGAACUAUCUCUCUGUGACCUGGCGGGGUCUGAGCGCUGCAAGGAACAGAAGCGUGGAGACAGGAUGAAAGAAGCGACUAACAUUAACACUUCUCUGCACUCGCUGGGAAGAUGCAUCAGUGCUCUGCGACAGAACCAACAGAUCAGGUCCAAGCCUAAUGUGGUUCCAUUCCGGGACAGCAAACUGACUCGAGUGUUCCAGGGCUUUUUCACCAGCCGUGGGAAGUCCUGCAUGAUCGUCAACAUCAACCAGUGUGCGUCCACAUAUGAUGAAACAUUGCAGGUUAUGAAAUUCUCUGCUAUCGCCAGCCAGUUGAUCCAGGCACCUCCUAUGAAGCUGGGGCUGCCCUCUAUCCGCUCGCUGAUCCGAGAGCACAAUGGAUGGAACAGCUGCAAUGCCCAGGAAACGCUAGAGGAAAAUGAAGAGGACGAGGAUAAUCAGGAGGAAGAUGGUGAUGAAGAAGAGACCGAUAUCAGUACGCUGGAUAAGGAGUCGUUACAGAAAGUUAUCGAGGUCCUGCAGGAGUACGUGGUUAAGGAGAAACGGGAGAAAUUGUUGAUGGAGUACGAGAUCCGGGAAAACGUGGUCAAUGAGAUGAGCGAGCAGUACAGCAGCAUGGAGAAGCACUGGAGAGAGCAACUUGUAGAACAAAAAGAACAACUGGAAGAUUUCUAUGAAGCAAAGAUGAAAAACUUCCAGGAGUAUGUUAAGCUCUAUUAUCAGUCAUCCGCUGCUGAUGAGGAUGAGAAUUACUCUGAUUCUGAUCAUGACUCAGAUGGUGAAACGAGUACCGAUAAACUCGAGGAGUCAAAUAAAAUGGCUGAACUGGAGGCUACUAUUCAACAUCUGAAGUCUGAGCGAAAGUCUACUAGGGAGCCAGCAAGGCAGUCUGCCCGCCUGGCCUCCGUGGGCCUCCACAGGGAGCUGCAGAAGCUGCAACUGGAGCUGGCAAAUGUGACGGCCGAGCUGGAACAAUACAAAGUGCAAGCGGCUCACAGUGCAGAGGAACUGGCCCGAUACAAGGCGAUAGUCGAGCCACCACCUGCAACCAGACGCCUAACUAUGGACGCGGACCGCAAACUUGAAGAGGGACAUAAGAAUGCGAAAGCUCUACAGAGGGAGCUUCAGAAAUUGGGCCAAGCACUGCAGACAUCAGAGAGAGCGUGCUGCCACCGCACCGGAGCUGCGAAACUGCAAGGGACUCUAACCAAAUGUGAAGAGAUUGUGGUUAAGCAGGAUCACACCUUGGCUGAGCUUCAGAAGUUGAUGAUUGUGAUUAAACUGGACCUGAAGAAGAAGACUGCAUGUAUUGCGGAACAAUACCACACUGUUCGCCAGCUCCAGGAUGCCUCUGGCUGCAACAAGCGCCGCUGUGUGGCAAACGUGGAAAACCAGCCACCCCCACACAAAAGGCCUUUCCUGACUGGCAUCCUAUCCAAAACCCCUCUGAGAAGUGCCCGUCAGAUGGGCGAUAACAGCCCCUACAGCUACAUCCUAAGAUCCCGAGCGGGCCUGAACACCCCAUUGCGAAUGGCAGCCUCAAACUAUGGAGGGAAGUAUUAGCAGCUUCAGUCCCCCCUUUUAAAUAGAAAGUGUUUUAUUUUGGUAAUUUCAUCUAUUCACACAUGUAUUAAGGUGACUAAGAAUCUGGGAUAUGGUGCAAUGUAGGCAUUUGUUCCACAUUGUUUGGAAUGAAUUGUAACUGCAAAUAGGUGCGGAUGUGAGCGAGUGGAACAGUUUGUUGAGGUUUGUACUUGAGUAUCUGAUCAUCAAGUUCUGAUUGUUUCCUUGUCUGUCUGCUGCUAAGAGAAUCCAUUCUUGUUCAGACAGGUGUUUUGAUUAUUAAAAAUGUAUUUCAGUAAAAUAAGGCAUUAUUGCUGCUGUAUUUGAGUUAGCCUUCGAUUAUCAACAAAAAUCAUUUAACCUUUUUUAGUAAUGGAAACUAUCUUGUUAAAAUAUAUAUAUGUAUGUGUGUAAAACCUGGAUAACUCCCAUUCUUGUUGGUUUGGGUCACCUAAAAUAUCAGCUCAGCUGAAUAUUUUUGUUAUAGUAAAAAAAAUCUUGGUUUUGAGCUGGAAAAAAAUACUCAUUUUGGUGACGUGAUAAUCCAGAGUAGCCAUUGUUUGUUACAUUGAGUGGUUUGUUUUGAGCAAAGUGUUAGAUCCUGGAUAUUUUUAUGAUCGCAUUGUAUUUUUAGUCUAUUAGGUAAAGCAUGACUUCUAUUUAAACAUCAGUUAUCAUUUAUGUUUGUCUAUCACUAACCUUGGGUGUGUAUGUAUACAUAUACAUACUGACCGUCUACAUUUAGAGAUUAGAGUACUAUACUUUCUGAACAUCUGAAUAUAUUUCUAAAUAUACCGCAUUGCCAAGAAUAAAAUAAAUGCAGUGGGAAUUUUCAACUUUGGUUGGUGAGAGAACCAGCAUGUGUAUUCUUUUCAAUAAACCUAAUCAAUUUAAUAUUUGCACUCAAAACCUAGGUUAUGUUCCAUAUUUUAUAUGAAUCUUUACAUGAAAUAUAAAAUCCAAGUGUUGUUUCUUUGCAGAAAUACAAGACUAAAGGUUCCAAUAUUCUAACACUAACUAAUGCUGUCAAAGUGACUUGUUCUGUCAAAGAGCUGGCACAGACUCGAUGGGCCGAAUGGCCUCCUUC